AUGCGCACCAGACACAGCGGGGACUGGUGUUCUGUUUGGCUUCGUGGCUUGGCGUCGGCACACGCGCAACACGGCCUCGCCCAGGAAGGCUGCCCUGCGAGUACCGCGACGCUGGUGCGCACACCGCUUCUCACGUAUGAGUCUUGGCGAAAGCGGUGCCGCUGGGACCGCUUUUGUCAGCAUCUGGGCUUCAUUCGGGCGUUCGGUCCCGUAGCGGAGACGUCGACUCGGGUGGCGACAGCAACGGCGUACAGUAGAGCACACGCUGUACCAGCGUGCAAAGCGUCCACCGCGAGCAGCGUCUUGCAUAUGAGGCGCAUCACUUCUUUUUCUUCUCCUCCUGCUCCUCACAGUAGUCGUCGUCGUCGUCGUGAACAGACCGCGAGUCGGGGUGUGCAGACGUCAGCGCCAGAACAGCGCUGUCGCCUUGACCCUCUUCUCAUGCCAGAAUCCGCUCGUGUACUGCAUCGCCUGUCAUGCUGGAUACGACGCUCCGUAACCCGCUGGAACGACAACCACGGAUACAUGCCUCGUAGGGAUGCGUUUGGCAUGCGCUUCUCGCACGAGACGCUGUCCCGGACUAGCACACAAAGCCGUCGACUGCCGGGAGCUGCUGCAGACACUGGUUACACCCGGGUGCUUGGACAUGUGCAGUCGGCAUUGUACGGUGUAACAGCGACUGCAGCAAAGUACAGCAAGGCGAGCUGCGCAAGCCUAGUUGCAGUGGAGGUUGCAUCGACGGCCCGGAGAAGCUUUGUAGUUGCGGCUGCAUCGCAGGUCAAGCCCCGCAUGGUAGAGAAAGCACGUCUUCGUGUGAACGAUGAAAUUCCCUCUACGAUGCAGUGUCUGCUUGUGGAUACCAACGGUGAGGCACUGGGCACCUUCUCUGUGGCAGAUGCGCUGCAGAAGGCAUCGAGCCGUGGACUCGAUCUGGUCGAAGUGGCGCCCAAAGCACGCCCUUUGCCGGUCUGUCGACUCGUUACGUCCGCACGUGACGUACUAUCGACGAGAUCCGCCAAAGCCAAGCGGAAUAUGGUGAAAGCAGCACGGAAAACACGCCAACAAGUCACCAAGGAGAUUCGUCUCUCGCCAGUGACACAGAGUCACGACUUUGCGCUGAAAAUGCGCCGCGCUCGCGAGUUCCUCAUGCGCGGCUUGCGUGUGCGGGUGUAUAUCCUCUUCCGCCGCGGACACGGACGGAAGCAACAGGAAGCAGAGACGCUGUUGGUGCAGGCCCGCGACGCACUCGCUGACAUUGGUCAGAUACAACCGGGGAGUUUCUUCGAGUCAGGCGUUGAGACGGAGCCUGAAACCCAACCCGGGGCGCUGGGCAGCAGCGCACCAGGCAUUGCGGAUGCAUCGCCCUCAGCGCCAGUGACGCGACGGACGCUGGACUUUGUGAUGCAUCCGCUAUCGAGGUCGCAGCAGCAGCAACAACAACAACAACAACAACAGGAGCAGCGUCAGUCGGAAGCUGAGCGCGGGUGA